AUGCUUGGCGUGGACGUGUAUCCGAGCUUUGCGCUGGGACCUCAGAGGAUUGGAGAUCGCUUCUACAGAGAUCGGGAGUGUGACAGGGCGGCCAAAGCCCCGCCCCCCACGAGGCUUACGGCGCCCCAGCCGGGCCUCCACAGCGAGCAGGCGGCCCAAGCGCAAAAAGACGACGUGAAGAUGGACCUGGAGAACUCGUCGCUGUGGAAGCAGUUCAGCUCGGUGGGAACGGAGAUGAUCAUCACCAAAAAGGGCAGACGGAUGUUUCCCGGUAUGAAGUUGAAGCUGUCGGGCCUGAACCCAUCCCUACGCUACAUCCUUCUCCUGGACAUCAUCCCGACGGACAACUCCCGCUAUCGCUUCCAAGGCGGCGGAUGGCAGGCGGUGGGCGGAGCCGAAGCCAGGCUACCGGACCGCGUGUUCAUCCACCCGGAUUCCCCUGCCACCGGUGCUCACUGGCAGAGUCGCACCAUCUCCUUCCACUACGCCAAGCUCACCAACAACACGCUGGACGCACAGGGACAUAUCAUCCUGCACUCGCUGCAUCGCUACCAGCCCAGAGUGCACGUGAUCGAGGCCAGGGACAUGCUGAGUUGGGGCGGAGGGCAGCACUCCUUCGUCUUCCCCGAAACCCAGUUUAUCACAGUCACCGCCUACCAGAACAACAAGAUCACAGAGUUGAAGAUCAACUCCAAUCCCUUUGCCAAAGGGUUCCGGGACGAAGGAAUGAAUAGCAAAAAACAAAGAGAUGCAAGACAGAAACGGAAACUAGCUGACAUGACGGAAACCGCAGCUAUAGUGAACUGUGACCCAUGCGACUCCACUCAGCCCGCUGUCCCCGCCACCGCUCCCAGCAUGACCGGAGCAGACCUGCAGGCACUCGCUUUGGCCUCUCUCCCCCCUCUGCCUGCUGAGCCCUCAUGUGGUUUUACCCCAGAGGAGACCCCCUUCCAGGGCACUCUUGUCUCAGAACAGCCUCUGGACCUUGACCAGGCCUUCAUAGCUUCCCAGAUUCCAGACAUCCGCCUCUCCAUUAGUGCUGGGAUGCAGGGCACAACUGGAAGUGAGGUCACGACAACUAUCAUUGAAAGCUCUGACUCUCUGAGUGAGGCGACGUUCACCUCCACCUUCCCCGCAGCUCAGGCCAGCUCGCCCUCCUUCGCUCCUCUCCCCCAGCCUUCCACCUUCCCCUCAAACCCAUCCGACACUUCCAUGGACUACCCCGCCCUCCUCUCCUCCUCCCCCACCCUCUCCACCGCCUCCUCCACCACCUCACCCUCUCUGCAGCAGACCGCCUUCUCCUUCCCCACUCCAUCGCCAUCUUCCUCCUCUACCUCCUCACCCUCCUAUCACAACAUGCCGCCAUCCGACCCCGACGCCGCUUUCCCCCCGUGUCAGACCCAUGACCAAAUGUCGCUGCUCAUGCAACAAGAUGAUGCUGUUUCCAGCGGCCACAAUUCCCCCACUGAGCAAAGUUCGGAAGCUUUCAUCUAUCCGAAUACUCUCCCUUCUAAUGCUGAAUCCCAGUCCCCGCUGGGUGCCCCCCCAGCACCCUUUGCUUUCCCACCACCACCCUUGCAAAACCUUUCCUUUCCAAGCCAGGCCCUUCACCUCUCCAAUCUGACCCAGCAAGCUCAAGGCCCCGACCUCUCCGCCGCCUUCCCCCUCCCAUCUUACUCCCUGCCUUUCCAACCCUCCUCUUGCUUCCCCUCCACUCCUCACCCUCAAAACCUAAACAACGCGGCCCCCUCGUACACGCCGGUGGAGCUGGGCGCCAUGCCUCAGUUCCCCCCCGCCGGCCCCUACCGCUCAGAUAUGAUGCUGCACCACCACUCCCUGCUCCCGCAGCUGGAGCCACCCCUCCCCAUCACAACUCCCACUCCAAACAUCUACCCAGCCUUCUCCUCUUACCCACUCCGGCUACGCCAGGACCCUCACCCGUCUCUCACCAUCCCCCUCAGGCACCUGUACAGACACCAGCACGCCCACGCCCAGGGGUCCUUCCUGGAUGUGAGCUCCAGGGCUGUGUUCUAA